AUGGGAAAAGUACCCCACUUUUUCCACCAUUACCAACUAAACCCUAGCCUCCUUUCUCACAAAACAAUAUUUCUUUUCUGCGUAACUUUCUUCACUCCUCACAGCCUGCAUAACAUUUCUUCACCUCCUCCGUCAACACCUCCGCACGCGACCUCCCUCCUCCGUCAACACCUCCGCGCGCGACCUCCCUCCGCCGCUACGACCUUCGCCGCCGCCACCUUCUCCUUCGCCAUUCACCGUUGCCGACCGGCCACCCUCUCAUCCGCCCUUCACUACUGCCACCGACUGCUUCUCAAAGACCAUUCCACCAAAAUCACAACUACUCGCACUCUCUGUGAAAUUUCCAACAAACAAUCACUCGAAAAGAUUCCUCAAGGUAUGGAUCGUAGUUGGAUGAGAGCUAAUCGAUUAAGUGAUGAGUACGAACAUGGGGUGAUGGAAUUUCUAGAGUUUGCUGAAAGUAAUGCUAAAAAAGAUCUUCCUCCUCCUAAAAGGAUUUGUCAAAACUAUACACAAUGGAUAUGGCACGGGGAAGUGGUAGAAAAUUCAAAUGUGUCCCAAAGAGAUAAUGUUAGUGUAGAAAUGGAUGAUCGUCUGGAAGACAUGAUGUGUGAUAUUGGACAAGAAUCGCUUAAGAAGGCACAUGCGUAUGAUAGUUUAUGCAAUGACAAGGAUACACCUUUGUACCCAGGAUGCACAAAUUUUACACGUUUGUCAGCCGUGUUAAAAUUGUUUAAUCUGAAGGCAAUUAACGGGUGGACUGACAAAAGUUUUACCGAAUUGCUUGAACUGUUGACACAAAUGCUUCCAGAAGGUAACGUACUGCCAAGUCGUUAUUACGAGACGAAGAAAAUACUGUGUCCGAUGGGUUUGGAGUAUGAAAAGAUACAUGCAUGUCCUAAUGAUUGCAUAUUAUACAGAAAAGAGUAUGUAAACUAUAACCAUUGUCCGAAGUGCAAGGCGUCACGCUACAAAAAGAGACAUGGUGAAUCUAGUGAUGAUGAUGAGGUCAAAAAGGGUCCUCCCGCGAAAGUGGUAUGGUACCUACCAAUAAUUUCAAGGUUCAAGAGAUUAUUCGCUAAUGCAAACGAUGCAAAGAAUCUUAGAUGGCAUGCAGAAGAAAGAAAAUGUGAUGGACAAAUCCGCCAUGUAGCUGAUUCUUUGCAAUGGAAGAAAAUAGAUUCUUUGUUUCCAAAUUUUGGCAAAGAGUCGAGAAACCUUAGACUUGGACUUUCUACUGAUGGAAUGAAUCCGUUUGGUAAUCUAAAUACUAAUCAUACUUCUUGGCCAGUUCUUCUGAUGAUUUACAACCUAUCUCCUAGGUUGUGCAUGAAGCGUAAAUAUGUGAUGUUAUCCAUGAUGAUUUCGGGCCCAAAACAACCAGGAAACGACAUAGAUGUUUAUCUAAGUCCACUGAUCGAUGAUUUAAAAGUGUUGUGGGAGGAAGGGGUGGAUGUUUUCGAUGCGCAUUCUGGUGAACAGUUCAAUAUGCGUGCCAUGUUGUUUUGCACCAUCAACGAUUUUCCGGCAUAUGGCAAUUUGUCUGGAUUGCGGAAAGCUUUCAAUGGGGAACAAGAGUAUGGUGUUGCUCCAAAGCCCUUAACUGGAGAGGAAUUUUAUCAACGACAACAGGGCAUUACUGCUGUUUUUGGAAAGUACCAAAAGCGGCCUAUUGCGAAAAAUAUAUGGAAAAAGAGGUCGGUUUUCUUCGAUCUUCCAUAUUGGUCUAGUCUUGAGGUAAGACAUUGUAUUGAUGUGAUGCACGUGGAGAAAAAUGUAUGUGAUAGUGUAAUCGGAACACUUCUCAACAUUCAAGGCAAGACAAAGGAUGGUAUUAAUGCUCGUCUAGAUUUGGGCGUGAUGGGUAUACGAGAAGAGCUAACUCCACAAUAUAUAGGUAACAAGACGUAUUUGCCUCCUGCCUGCUACACUUUGUCGAAAAAAGAGAAAACAAGUUUUUGUGAGUGUUUAGAAAGUAUCAAAGUGCCGCAUGGUUACUCAUCAAAUGUCAAGAGGCUUGUAUCGGUUAAAGAUCUCAAAUUAGUUGGCUUAAAAUCUCAUGACUGUCAUGUCUUAAUGCAACAACUACUACCAGUGGCUAUUCGUGGGAUAUUGCCUAACAAUCCAUCAUUAAAGUUAGAAGAUUUGGAAAAUGAGGCUGCAGUUAUCUUGUGCCAAUUAGAGAUGUUUUUUCCUCCUUCAUUUUUUGACAUUAUGGUUUACUUGAUUGUUCAUCUAGUAAGGGAGAUUAGAUUAUGUGGUCCAAUUUUUUUACGGUGGAUGUAUCCAAUAGAGCGAUACAUGAAGAUCCUAAAAGGGUAUACAAAGAACCCACACCGUCCGGAAGCAUCGAUUAUUGAGAGGUACAUUGCAGAAGAAGCAAUUGAGUUUUGUUCUAACUAUUUGUCGGAAGUGAAUGCUGUAGGGGUUCCCAAGUCUCGUCAUGAUGGAAGAUGUGAGGGUGUGGGUACACAAGGUUUAAAGAUCAAGAGCUUAAGUAUUGAUGUGGUUGUUCAAGCGCAUUUGUAUAUAUUGAAUAACACGGAUGAAGUUCAACCUUACAUAUCUGCUCACAAAAGCAUCAUAAAGAAAAAGUACCCCAAGAUGAGUGAAAGAGGGUUGUUAAAAGAGCAUAAUAAGAGUUUCUCUGAGUGGUUUAAAGAAAAAAUUGCUGGUGAUGAUAGUGCUUCAAAAACAAUUAAGUGGUUGUCCUAUGAGCCUAAAUGCAACAUAAUAACUUGGAGUGGAUAUGAUAUUAAUAAAACUUCCUUUUAUACAAAGGCAAAGGAUGACCAGAUUUGGGAAGUUGAUUAUGUUGUGUUUAAAGUUCCUGUAUUUAAAUGCAAAUGGGUUGAUAUCAAUAGUGGUGUAAGAAUUGAUGAAUUUGGAGUUACAUUGGUUGAUCUUAGCAAGUUAGCUUAUGCGGACGAACCUUUCAUCAUGGCAUCUCAAGCAAAACAAGUUUUUUAUGUCACAGAUCCUUGUAAUAAAAGGUGGUCAGUUGUUCUACAAGGAAAGGUGCAUGAUAGUGAUGAAAAUCAAGAUGCGAAUCUUGAUAUUUCCGAAACCCCUCCUCUCUCAACAAAUGUGCCUACCUUCAUUGAAGAAGAUGUAGAGGAUGAUGUGCAUGCUAUUCGCAUAGAUCAUGAAGAAGGGAUAUGGGAGAACUAG